AUGCCUCUUGGAUUCGAACGAAUCAACGCAAAAAAAUCACAGCCAAAUGACCGUAUCGUCUUUAUUAAACCCUUGGAAGGUCCCGACAAAGAGAUCGCGCAGCAAUUCUUAGAACGGAUCGCAGCACAAUGUUUACCAAUUAUGAAAGAACAUCAUAUCUCAGUCGUAUCCUUAGAAGAGUACGAACCAAACAGGGAGUUUGUUGGACGUAAUUUCAAUGCAGGAGAAGUUGUACAGCUAGUGUUGAAAUCACUUUCUACCAGACAAUGGCUACCCUUCAACUAUGUCCAGAUGGUGAUGAUGCACGAGCUAGCCCAUUGCAAACAGAUGAAUCACUCCAAAGCAUUUUGGGCUGUCAGAAAUAGCUAUGCAGAUCAAAUGAGAGUCCUAUGGUCGCGCAAAUACACUGGUGAGGGAUUAUGGGGAAAAGGCACGCUACUAGAAACUGGAGAGUUCGAGAAGAAUACAGUAUUGUUAGACAAAGAUCUGCCGGAGCAUCUGUGCGGCGGAACCUAUCGUUCAAGGCGCAGAAAGCGAAAACAAAAGAAGCAAUUAUCUCAUCAAGAACGAAAAGAGCGCCGAAUUUUGAAGAAAUUUGGUGCGAACGGAGUCGCUCUCGGCGAAGAUGAAGCUAUUAAAACCGAACUAGAGAAGGGAAAGAAGACUCAAGGCAAGCCCCGUGUAGCAGGAAGCAAACGCGGUCGGGAACUCAGAGCGGCUGCAGCCCUGGCACGGUUCGACCAGCAGAAGAAGACCGAAGAAACGAACGAUGAACAAGACAGUGAUGUCAAGAAAGAAGAAGGCAGCGAAUCGGAGACGGCUAGCGAUAGCGAGGGCGAAGCUGCCGUGGAUAUCAACGGUCGACAACUUGUUGAUACUAAGGGCCAUAAUUUGAUCAAAGUAUGCGAGGACGAAGACGCUAGAGACGAAGAUGUACAGAACGAACUUAAGGAGCUUUUCCAAUCCACUAUUGAAGUGAAGCCCGAGAAGCUCGAAGUGGUAGCACCGAUAAGAACCAUACCUCAGGCGACGGGAUCAACGAAACGACGUGUUAGCGAGAAGAAGUCGAGUAAGACUAUCAAGAGUUCCCCGUCCGAAGGGGCAAGCAGCGCUACUAUUUCUAUUAUGGUUCAGGAGCUACUAUAUGUGGUAUCUGUUCUCACGUUUUAG